AUAUAAAUAGAUAUAUUCACUUAAAAUUGUAUAAAGAAUUGCAGUUUCCUUCAUGUGAUUGUCAUGCAAAAUUGUACAAGUUUUCUGUUCGUAGAAUAUGUAAAGCUUCCGUAUUGUUGUUGAUGAAAUAAAUAAUUAUGUCUUUUAAGUGGAACGACUAUUCCACUCUAGUUUUUUUAAAUGCAUACCGAAAGCACCAAUGUCUUUGGAAUCUGCAUUAUGUGAAAUAUUACGACUGUUUAGCCAAAAAUGAUGCACUGAAGAAUAUCAUUAAAGAACUUAAUAUACCAAAAUUGAACAUAUCCGAUUGUCUAGAACAGAUUAAAGUGAUAAGAAAAAAAUACGGGCGAGAGCAAACAAGAGUUAUCAAGGGAUUUCAAUCGGGCAAACCAUACAAAUCUCCUUAUGCUUGGUUUCCUGUAAUAGCUGAAAUGUUAACACAGGUGAUUGACGAUGAAGGCAAGUUACAGAAUGGAAUGGAAGUAGAAACAAUAUCUCCUGUAAAAGAUUGCAUUACAACACCAUACGACAAAUAUAAAAAUAUAUUUAACUUUCCUUGCAUGCAAGAAAGGCAAGAUCAUAAGACAAAACCAAGAAAAAACACUAAAUUUACAAAAACUGGGAAUUUUGAUAUAUUAGGUCGUAAAAGCGAAGGGCAGAAUGACGCGCAAUUGCUGCAGUGUCCAUCCUGUGGUUGGGAAGAUAUAAAACCUGACAGAUUGGAUAUACCUGCCAAAAAAGCUUAUAAAAAAAUAAAAUCAUUGGAUACCACGGUUCCUUGUCCAGAAUAUUCUAAUUUAGCGAAUAAACCUUACGAAAGAUACAAGGCACAUCGAAUAGGAGAUACCAUAUACCAAGGAAAAUACAAUAAUAUAAUUCCAUGUCCAAGCUUUCCUAGCAGAUUAUCAAGACCAAAAUUCUGUACGAGAGAAACGCAAUUAUCAAGCGAACAAUUAUUUCCGGAAAGACGAGCAAAGGAAGCAGGGACGAGAGACGGGCAACGCGAUAAGAGAAUACAAAACACAGUUUGCGUGUCGAAAACUGUUAGACGAAAAUGCUGCAGAAAGAUCCAAACUAAACCUUUGACAUCUCAGGACGAGUUAAAGCAAGCAGCAGUAAAUACUAUAAAACAAUUGUGUGAUAAGGAGAUUCAAAAUACCAUCUGUACGAGUUUAACAAAUGAUUGCCAAGCUUCUCAAAAGUAUUCUUCGACACAGGAACUAAAGCAAAAUGAUGCGAAUAUUGUGGAAUGCCCUGCUAACGAUGCUAUGCGAAAUACCAUUGGUAUUAAAUUAAAAGUAGAAGGCUCUAUGCCGAAUUCUAUAUUAAUAACUACCGACGGAAAUGAUUUGCCACUGAUACAAAGAGAUUUAAAGGAACUGACAACUAACAAAUGUCAAAAAGAUAUUGAUAAUUAUGAUGUGAAAGAAGCGGAAAAAACUCGUCUUGCGUUAGAUGAUAAGAAACUCGUUGAGAAUGAAGUUUGUUUUAAAGAAACUUGCUCUCACGACGUAAUAGAGAUUAUCAAACACAAUUCUGCAGUAAUGCAAGCUUUACUUCAAUGCUUGGAAAAAGUAGUGCAAGAAAGAACAAAAAUUUGUUCCGUUACGUCGCUAUUAUCAAAGAGACAUAACGUAAAUUCUAAUUCUUCCGAGAUGACUGUUUGUGAGCAAAUUCCGUAUAAAUUUACAAAGGAGAACACACAUCUUGACACUAGCUCUUCUGUUGAUCUAGAAAGCUUAAAUUGUUCAUCGUGUUUGGAAAAAACGGAGAAAGAUGACAUCAUAACAAUGGUUACCAAAACUUUCCUGGAUCUAAUGAAACAUGCUCUUGUACAGAAUGAUAAAAAUGUGCGAAAAGGCUGUGUAAGGAAGGAAGAUGCGAUUAAUACGUUUAUCGUUUUAAGUAAAAUAAAAGAAUGUGCGGAUGAAAUUUUGAAGAUAUACACGCUCGUGGAUUGUUCGAAGAGGCAGUUAUUAAAUAAAUUUUAUCGCACAUUAAAAUCGAAGAGUAAAUGUGCGUGCUCCUCGAAGCAAGACUCUGCUUUAAAUUCGAUUCAGGCUCAAGGUGCCAAAGAGGAUGCCGUGGAUCAGUUCGCAGCCUCUUAUGCAGACUCGAAAGACAUAGAAGUACUGUAUGGACCCUCCACGUCGAAAACUAGAGACCACAGUCUCUCGGAAAAUGGCACUACCUAUGCAGAGACAGUGAUGGAGGAUAAAGAUGUUACCGCGCGUACGGAGAACCACGACGUCGGUUUGAAUGCAGCGUCACUGUCGCGGAUUCAACCGCUUCGCGAUUCGGAAACUCAAUAUACCCCGAGUCAAUUGCAAGACGCGGGUAUCGUAACCGAUCGCAGUUUUGAGGAGAGGAUAAGCGUGGCCACUCAAAAUCGCGAGCCUAUUUCGAUUCGCGUAAUCAAGUCUAAUAAUAGCGAGGGUAUUCUAAAAUUGGACAAGGAGACAUGCGUCCGCGAUGCCCACGUUCUAUGGAACGCCGAUAAGUGGUCGAGAAACACGUAUCAGAAGUAUUCAGUUAGAGAAUAUUACGAUGAACUGUCACACCCUGGCAUUUCUCACGUGCGCGAGAAAGAGGUGAAUUCUAUAGACUACCGUACGUUUCUUUUGUCGAACGGGAAUCAUAGAUACAACAAAGGAUACAGAAGGUCAUUGCCGUGCAAUCGCAACUGGGCUAGAGGGAAUAUUCCAAAUCUUGGAUUAUCGUUGAGUCAACGUGUUUCCCGAAUUCCAUCGUAUACGAAAUCACGCAAAUAUGUACGGAGAAGGACCGAUUUGUAUAGAAUGUCACAGUCAUAUGUAUAAGCGGUACUUUUAAUUCGUGUGAACGCAUUAUGAUUUCAACGUGAAAUAUAUCAUACAAAUAAAUUUUACAGUUCGACAAUUAGUCUUCUGUCAAGGUAAUUGAAUAAAUUACGAUUUUUAAUUCAAAUCUCAUUUUAUUACAUGAAAAUGUACAAUAUUUUCACAAUUAGAAUGGACAUUCCUAAUUGUAAAAGGAUACAUAUCUGUUGAGAAGAAUUAAAGCAAACUCUCACGUAUGUGAUAUAUAUAGUAUCAAUAUUUAAAUUUAAUAAAAUAGUAUAAAAGA